ACGGAGACAGAGACAGACGCAGACGUCUCACAGAACCUGUUCCAGAGGUGGACAGACAUAGGGUCGGUGCCGUCUAAAGACAAAAUGGUGGUUCUCGGCGAGAUAUUUCCAAACUUCGAGGCGGAGUCUACCGAGGGCCACAUUCGAUUUCACGACUUCAUCCGUGGAUCCUGGUGCAUCCUGCUGGCGCACCCCUCCGACUUCACGCCGGUCUGCACUACCGAGAUGGGCGCCGCGGCCAAAAUGGCGCCGGCACUGCUCCGACGCGGCGUCAAAAUGGCCUGCAUCUCCUGCGACCCCGUCUCGUCACACAAGACGUGGAUCGAGGACAUCCGCGCGUACAACGGGCUCGGCUCCGGCCCGUUCCCGUUCCCCAUCAUCUCGGACGAGGAGCGCCAGUUGGCCAAAAAGCUGGGCAUGAUCGACCCCGACGAGCCGCGCUUCGACAACAAGCCGGCCACCGCGCGUGCGGUGUUCAUCAUCGGGCCCGACCUGCGGCUCAAGCUCUCCAUGCUCUACCCGGGCACCACCGGCAGGAACUUUGCAGAGAUCCAGCGCAUCAUGGAGUCCCUGCUGGUCACUGCCAAACACAAGGUGGUCACGCCGGAGCAGUGGCAGACGAGACGGCCUAUACGCCGCAAACCCGUAUCUGAGGAGCAGGCUCCCGUCGAGGAGCCUGAACGCAGAAAUACCAGACGGGCGUGGUUGGCGAAAAGUGUUUCGUGGUGCCGUUCCUGAGCAUGGAGGAGGCCAAGGACAUGUUCCCGGCCGGCGUGCAGGUGCACCCGGUGCCCUCCGGCAAACAGUACCUGCGCACCACGCCCAUGCCCAACUAAUCCAGCCCGGCAGCAACGGACCCGAGACGAAAACGGAUACUGAUAAUGGCGGCAUAGCGAGUAUGUUUCUGCUAACUAUUGACGCAGUGAGAUGUAUGUGAGGUAGUGAGAGCCUCAAACGCUGAUCUCAGUAGUAUUCGCAGAGGGAAAUUCAAUGGAAACUGUCUGCGCUCCCUGUUGUAUGUUCGUGUGUUUUGUUUCUCGUGGUUUUAUUCGCGUAGUUCGCAAAUCAAAUACGGAACGCCAAGCAACCGAUUUUAGCACUUUACUUUGACGGUCCUAUUUCGUAGAUACGGGUGCGUUCGCUCGCGACUUAUGGCUCGUCUCCUCAUCCUUUUCGGUGUUCUUUUGGAGACAAUCCUCACAAUGUGUAAAUAAAUGUUGCAGUCA